AUGGCAUCUAAAGCAAAGUACUAUACAGUUCAAGAAGUAGCCAAGCAUAACGUUGAGAACGAUUGUUGGGUUAUUGUUCACAACUAUGUGUUUGAUGUUACGCACUUUUUAAAUGAACAUCCAGGAGGCAAGAAGAUUCUUUUAAAAGUAGCGGGAACUGAUGCGACGACUCAAUUCGAUAACUUUCACAAUACCAGCAUUUUAAACAAAUACCUUCCAAACUUAAUGAUUGGCAAAAUAGCAUCUGCUGCGGACGAAGAGGAUGAGCUCAGUGGAGAAAAGACAACAUUCGGCGACAUGAUCCCCUUUGGAGAUCCUAUGUGGUAUCAAGAUUGGUACAGCCCCUUCUAUAAAGACUCCCAUCGUCGGCUUCGUCAUCUUUGCCGUCAAUUUGUAAACAAAGAGAUUAUGCCUUAUUGUUUCGAAUGGGAUGAAGCAAAACAGAUACCAAAGCAUGUCUUUGAAAAGGUCGCUCAAAUGGGGUUAUUAACCGCUGUUGUCGGUGUACAAGAAGGACUGGAGAAAUACAUGGCCUAUCCCUUGCCCGCUAAUAUUGCCGCGGAGGAAUGGGACGCGUUUCAUUCCUUUAUUGUCAUUGAUGAGCUAGCUCGUUGCGGAUCAGGAGGUGUACUUUGGGCUCUGGCGGGCGGUUUGGGCAUUGGACUUCCUCCUGUCAUCCAUUUUGCCUCUGAUGAUCUCAAGCAAAAAGUCGUCAAGGAUUGUUUAGCAGGAACCAAGUUCAUUUGCUUGGCUAUUACAGAACCUUCAGGAGGAUCAGACGUGGCCGGUCUACAGACAGAAGCCAAGGAUAUGGGUGAUCACUAUCUCGUCAACGGUGAGAAGAAAUGGAUCACCAACGGUGUUUUUGCUGACUUCUUUGUAGUCGCCUGCCGAACAGGCGAAGCAGGCUUCGACGGCAUCUCCUUCUUAUUGAUAGAGCGCGAUAUGCCUGGCGUCCAUACGCGUCAAAUGCUCUGCUCUGGUGUCUGGCCUUCAGGAACAGCUUAUGUUACCCUCGAAGACGUUCGAGUUCCCAAACAAAACUUGAUCGGCAAAGAGAACAAAGGCUUCAAAUACAUCAUGUGGAAUUUCAACAGUGAACGUAUGGGCAUCGUCGUCCAAGCCAACAGAUUUGCUCGUGUCUGUGUUGAAGAAUCCAUUCGCUAUGCCAAUAAACGCAAAACCUUUGGUAAAAAACUCAUUGACCAUCCUGUCAUUCGCAAUAAAAUAGCACACAUGAUUCGUCAAGUGGAAUCUACGCAUGCAUGGGCAGAGAUGCUGACCUAUCAAGCUACAAAAAUGCCUCCCAAGUUGUUGCCUUUCCGUUUGGGUGGCCCUAUUGCUCUCUGUAAGGCGCAAGCCACUCAGACCUUUGAGUAUUGUGCACGUGAAGCAGCUCAAAUCUUUGGUGGCCUGGCCUACACUCGAGGCGGACAAGGUGAAAAGAUUGAAAGAUUGUAUCGUGAAGUACGUGCUUAUGCUAUACCCGGUGGCUCUGAAGAGAUUAUGCUGGAUCUAGGUGUUCGGCAAUCGAUGAAAAUUGGAACCUUUAUGGGUGCUAAAUUGUAA